AACCCCUCAACUUCAUUUCAGUUACACACCAACCCUCUUCCAGCAAUCGGUCCUUUUACUUGUCUUUGUCACUCAAUCAGACUUCUCUGACCUGUCACAUCAUUUCUGGCAUCUCCCACUACCCGAUAUGAACGACCCCCGACAUUGGUACGAGAGCGUCGACGAGCUGGCCGCCCAAGGCCUCCUCACUCCUGAUGCCGCGUUCAACAAAUUCAACCGGAAUAUCCUCAGAAGGGGCGUAAUAAACAAAGAAAAAGAACUGCCACACCUUCAAAACACCUUUGACUCUCUUUCUACGGAAGAAAACGGCACGAAAAGACUGACCCAGUCUGCAUUCCUGUUCUUCCUCGAGUCCCGCGGGUUUCUUCCACCGUCUCUGAAAGAGGCAGGUGCCCAUGUGUAUCGCAGUCUUCUCUACCUAUCUCAAUAUCCAUUCUAUGAAUCGAUUCCAGAGGCUCUCAGCUACGAGGAGUUUAUCCGUGCGCUGGCAUGGACUAUGCCUGAAAGGCCGAGGGUCAUCUAUGAUGAAGAUUCUGACGGUCGGACCAGAACACCAGCUGACUCUAGGAGGAAGCUGUUCCAAAGUUUUGCAACAGUUCAAAAUGGCCAGUUUGCUCCCUUUGAUGUGGAGCACGCGAAGAAGCAGGCGGAGAGAAGAGCCUUCACUUUCACUGACGCUCAUGCAAGACUCUGUGCUAAUUACCCCAAGACAAACUACGACGAUGACGGUGAUGAAAUGUUUCAUGAUAUUCUUGAUACACUGUACGCCAUUCAGCCCAAGGAGAUUGGGUGGGCGGCGCCUCCUCGAGACUCCUUUCGGCCGACAGCAAAGAAACUUGUGGGGAGUGAACGCGUCCAUCAAUUCAGCAUCCCCCAGGAGGAGUUUCGAGCUCUUGUGAAGCUGCUAGUGGCUACGUAUCAUGGAAAACCCAGAGUUCCAGUCGAGCAGGACACUGGGUUGGACCAUGUCGUGGAUUGCAUUGUCCAUCCUGUUGUCCAAAAUUCUGAUAGUGGGGUUACCUGGGAUAUGUUUGAGGAGGCCAUUGGGAAUGGAGCACCACUUCUUUGGUUGGGCCUUGAGCGUUUCCUGUGGCCGUUCUACAAAGGCACCGACGAUGAGAAUGUCACUCGAGAGCUCCCACCGCCAGGAAAGAUCGCCGCUUAUCCUGUUAUGGCACAGCUCAAUUCUCUGGAUAUCCAUCCCUUUGUCAGUUUCUGUCCUGAUCAAUACAAAUACUACGACGUCAGGACAACGCCAGUCACGGCUUCCACCCUGGAAGACGAUAUAAGCGCAUUGCCAUUGCACGCAAUGAUCUUUCUCCUCUCCGGAAAGAACUCACAGACUGGGGAGAAGACCAUAUUCGGCUACUACCUUCCUAUAGAAGAGUUUGGAUACCCACCCUUCCUGUUUCAACUUAGUGGCAUCCAAGACGCUUUCCGUGGAAAGGGCCCCAGGCCAGGCCGUAAGCUGGAGAAUGGCGAAUUGGUUUUCGGGCAGAGAGGUAAUGGUACUUCGUUGGUGCUGCAGAAUGACUCGAAGAAAGCAAUUGUGUCUCACAAAUCUUCUGGACAAGAUGGACCUAUGUAUGCUGCUACUUCCUGGCGAGGGGACUGGGAGGUCGAAGUCGAGGUGGAGGAGAUUGAGAUGUGGCUUGGGCCGCCGCCGCCUGAUUUCGAUGACUACUCUAAUGAUGAAACAGAGCAAGAGGGAGAGGAAGAGCAGGAGAAGAGAGAGGAAGGGGAAGAAAACUGAUUGUGAUGGAUUAUACCCACUUUUUCAUGCCAAAAUACCUUCGUCCAUAUCUACACAGCUUGAUAUUGUAGACAGGAGGAACAUCAUAGAAUAGAGUUCUUGGUCGUAUGAUCCGGAGGAAAGCAAAGAUAUAUAUAGAUCAUUUCUGACUACUAUAAAGGGAAAAAAACAAGACAAACUAUCGUCAGAUGAAUGUCUCU